UCUAACCAACAACUCUUCUAAUCUAAACCUAAACCCACCAUUUCUUUCUCUUCCUUGCUUAGCUUGAACAGAAAUCCAUGGCCAUGAAAAGAAAAUUUGCAGAGAUUGAAAGCUUAGACAUGGCAAAAUGUCUUAUGCUUCUCUCUCAAUCCUUACAAACCAAACCAAUUAAGACCAGUACUGAACAAGAUGUCUUUGAAUGCAAAACUUGUAAUAGAAAAUUCUCCUCCUUCCAAGCCCUUGGCGGUCACAGAGCAAGCCACAAGAAACCAAGAUUGCCGAUAAUAGCAGAGGACGAUAAUAGUAAUAAAGCUGGAAGUGAAACGACAAAGCGCAAGAUGCAUGCGUGCUCUAUAUGUGGUGUAGAGUUUGCAUUAGGGCAAGCUUUGGGUGGUCAUAUGAGAAGACAUAGAGCUGUGGCUAUGGGGUAUGAUCAUAGUCGUCGUGGAGUUUCGGAGUUGCCGGUUCUAAGGAGAUCGAAUAGCAGUAAAAGGGUUUUUGGGUUGGAUUUGAAUCUAACUCCAUUGGAAAAUGAUCUUGAAUCGUUGUUUGGGAAGAUGGCUCCUAAAGUUGAUCCUCUGAUUUGAUAUGUCUAUUUCUUUUCCUAACGUGUAUUCUUUUAUUUUUUUUUAUCGAUUUUUUUUUGUUAAUUUUCAAUAUUCUUUCAUUUGUUCAUGUACAUUUAUUAAUCUUAGAUUCAUAAUCAAUAGCGAAUUUAUGUUAUGAAAAGGGGAUUAAUUCAUCCCUCUUUUUUUUUUUAA